UGCAGUAAAGCGGGAAGUCACAUUGCUUUGGCAGCGCUCCGUACCGCGCAACUUGCGCUUUCAUUUCGAUCAUCAAAAUGUCACUCAAAAAACUUUGUAGGCUGUCUCUCAUAAAAAUGUCACAUUUUUAUUAUCUCUAAGCAAAAGCACAUAUCCGCUUAUUCGACUCCCGCUGAUGUUGAAAAGCGUUGAUUUUCCGUCCGUCUGUAGCUUUGAGUGGAUCUGGUUUGUCUUAUGAGCACAGAGGAGACAUCAGUGCAAUACAGUUAUAAAACCUCUAUGUAUGGAUUGUCAUGUAUCACUUUUUUUUUUUUGUUCUUGCAGACGCAAAUUGUCCAACCUCAUCUAUUUGUAAAUGUGGUCCAGUGGAGAUAAGAGCGGAUGGUGUGUGUCCUACAAGCGUCUAAACUUUUACAAAAUGUAGCAGGUGUAGGUAUACCAGAACUUCUGAAGGCAAUACUGAAGCUUUUUCCUCUUGAUACCUCUGAUGGCUGUCAUGGACCUUGUGCAGAGUGACAAAUUUAAGGGUCUGAAAGUGCCGGUAUGGGACCAGUAUUCUGACCUCCUGAAACAAGCAGGAUCAGAUGGUAACUUCAAGUUUGUUGAACGGUUUGCAUUUUAUGAGCGUGCCAAGAAGUCAUUUGCUGUAGUGGCAACUGGGGAGACUGCACUGUAUGGAAAUCUCAUAAUCAAGUGUCAUUCCGCUUGGUGAACAGUGCUGAAAGAAGGCUGUUUGGUACAGUUUUUCAGUGCCAGAGUUUUUACACCAUA